AUGGGUUGUGAAAAGCCUAAGAAGAAGCACAGAAAAGGGUUAUGGUCCCCAGACGAAGAUCAAAGACUCAGAAACUAUAUUUUGAAACACGGGCAUGGCUGCUGGAGCUCGGUUCCUAUAAAUGCCGGUUUACAAAGAAAUGGCAAGAGCUGUAGAUUAAGGUGGAUUAAUUACUUAAGACCGGGGCUGAAGCGCGGCACUUUCAGCACGGUGGAAGAGGACACCAUUUUGACCCUUCAUAAAUUAUUAGGCAACAAGUGGUCUCAGAUAGCGCAGCAUUUACCGGGAAGAAGUGACAACGAGAUAAAAAACUAUUGGCAUUCUUAUCUCAAGAAAAGAGUUGCCAAAAUUGACGUUGAGGAAUCAUCCGACCCUUCAUUCAAACACACGAAACGACAAUCUUCACGUGAAAAUUUGUGUUUGCCAAAGGUUAUUUUUGCAGAGUGGCUUUCCUUGGAUCAGGAUUUGGGUGAUUCUUCUUCCCAUAUUAAUCAUACCUCAAAUCUUGGAGAUGAUACUUUUUUUGAUGAUUAUAAUGUCGAUGACGUGGCAUUCAAGUUGGAUUGCCAGAUCCCAUUAGAUUAUAUUCAUGGACACUUUAACAUGUAUACAUGAGAGAGAG